GUAGUUUCACUGCUUUCCAAAUCCCACAGCACUUGUUGUGUCUUGUGGUCACUUUGGAGCCAGAUAAGCGUUGACGGAAGACACUGGAUUUAUUUUUAAUACAUUAGAGAUUUGCAGCAUUUAACAGUACUUUCUCUCAUAUAGGCUGUAUACCAAAACAUUACUUUUCUGAAAUACAUUUGAGUGUUGUCGCCUGCGCAUAGCCGUCGGACCGGCCUAUUCGGCAUUGUUUUUUGGGGCGACCGUUAUCCAGCAACAGAGCGAGACGGGAAGAGAGAGGGAACUUAUUCCACGAGCCUCUUUAGACUGACCGGAGAUAAAUCGAGGAUAACAUUCGUAAUUAGAAACAGUUACGUAACCAGGUAAAGGUGGACCGUCACGGAUACGUCUGGUACCCAACAACAAGUCAACCUUCAGCCUGUCAUUAUUUUAUUUUUGUGAUUUUAUACGGAGAAAAUUACCAUCCGUGUUCAUGCCAGAUCUGCAGCGCUUUAGUUUUCCAUACCAUAGCAUGAAUCCUUUGUUAGGGGCGAACUCGCUUCUCCAAUAUCAACAGCAGCAGAACCAAGGAGGACCGAGUCAUCCGGAUUCCCCCUCAGGCCUUCUGCCCGAAGCCGUAUUCUGCUCGCCCGACCCGACAUCUUUCUUCCUGGGCGACCAUCCCGGACUGGGCACGGAGACUCUGCCAGGGUUCGAUUUCACCACACCCUCACAAGCUUACCUGCAUCUGAACCAUAAUAACCACUCUUAUCACCGAUCUGUGCCCCAACCCCCUGCAGCGAUGGCCCUGAGGAACGACCUGGGCUCCAAUAUCAGUGUCCUAAAGACUCUGAACUUACGCUUCCGAUGCUUUCUGGCCAAAGUGCAUGAACUUGAGCGAAGGAAUAAGAUUUUAGAGAAACAACUACAACAGGCGUUGGGUGCGAAGAACAGCUGUGAUGGAAGUUGUUCUGAAAGUGCUAGAAGGGCCCAUACCCAAGAAACAGGUGUACAGACCGGGUUUGUGGGAACUAUCCCGCUCAGGCCCGGGUCACUCCCUUUCCAAAACACCAAUAACUCCGCGAGACGACCCACUACCCUCUUCACACCUGCCCUCAACACUGUCCUCACGCUUGAGUCCAACAACAAAGCUGAAACAAACCCCACCGAACCGAAUCAGAAUCCGACCAUCACGGUAAGCCUAUCAACCCCGACAAUCGACUCUCCUGCCGGGUCCAAUUCAAUCACCAACGGGAAAACGUUUUUCAGUACUGGCACUGGAACCCCCACCAACCCGCCUCCCCGGUUCCUUCCCGGUACUAUCUGGUCCUACAACCAUACCCGCAAGCUCGGUUCUGGCGUGGAGACGCGCGUCACCAGCCCCGGUGUGUCCUGGGUCCAGCCGGACGGGGUCGGGGUCCAGAUUGAUACCAUUACCCCGGAGAUCAGAGCCCUGUACAACGUCCUGGCCAAAGUCAAGAGGGAGAGAGACGAGUACAAACGCAGGUGGGAGGAGGAGUACACUGUCAGAGUGGACAUGCAGCAGAAGAUGGAAGACCUACAGGAGGACCUCCAGGAGAGUGAGGGCUGUCAGGAUGAGUUGGCUGUCAGAGUGCAGCAGCUGAAGGCUGAACUGGUGCUCUUCAAAGGCCUCAUGAGCAACAACAUGUCUGAUCUGGACAGUAAGAUCCAGGAGAAGGCCAUGAAGGUGGACAUGGACAUCUGUAGACGCAUCGACAUCACGGCUCGCCUGUGUGACGUGGCCCAGCAGAGGAACUGUGAGGAUGUCAUCCAGAUGUAUCAGGUCCCUAACACCCAGUCUGCCAUCAACUGUCGCCCCCGGAAACAGACCCCGCUGUCCGUCAACAGUAGCGAGGGUGAUGAGACUAUCAGCACCUCGGAGAGCGAUGGGGGCCUGCCCAGAGAGGAGGAGCUCUGUGGCUCGUCAGCCAGUCAGAUCAACGAGGAAAUGCAGAGGAUGCUCAACCAGCUGCGGGAGUGUGAGUUUGAAGAUGACUGUGACAGCUUGGCCUGGGAGGAGACAGAGGAGACUCUGCUGCUGUGGGAGGACUUCCCAGGAUGCACUCUGGCUCCGGAGACCACCCACCAGCCAGGAGAGCAGGAAGACCAGUGUCUGGAGAAGGUGAUUAACGACACUGAGGACUUAUUCAAAUCCAGGGAGAAAGAAUACCAAGAGACCAUCGACCAGAUUGAGUAUGACUUGGCUACAGCUAAGAGUGAUAUGAACCGUCACCUACAUGAAUACAUGGAGAUGUGUUCUAUGAAGAGAGGCCUGGAUGUACAGAUGGAGACCUGCAGGAGACUCAUCACCCAGAGUGGGGACAGUAAGCCUGGCUCUCCUGUGGCUGUGGCUGGUGAAGAGAGCGUUGACCAGGCAGAGAAGGAAGGGACAACAGCGUCACCACCUCUCUCCAACUCUCCUCCCAGAUCAUGACCUAUCAAGACCACCUCCAUCACAUGACCUUCAUUCCAUCCAACCACAGCACCACUCAACACUCCGCCGUCACUAUAGCAACGCCAUGUUUACAUUCUAACCACUAGAUGCUUAUUUGUCUAUUUUUAAUUUUCUUCAUGCCAUCUUCAUUCACAAGCUUCAAUAUAGGAAAGUGUCAGAUCUAUCUGUUUUAGCGACGGUGUAGUGUUGUGUGUUUCCAACAGCUUUUAGUCCCCUCUACUGGGAAGUGGUAUUACUAGCACCAUGGACGUCUGUACAUAAGACUCCACUGUUUAGCAGAGCAAAGGUAACAAGGUAAUGGAUUGAAAUACACCACUUGAAUUGAGAAUACCUCAUAGAAAAGUAUGAGCAAUAUUUGAAUGAACUCAUAUGAAUUGUAGGCUAGCGUGUACUCUUAAGGUAGGUAGUUGUUGGUACUACAGAGAACCAUGGUAAUAACUCCCCUAUAGCAUGAUCCAUUUCCACACAGCCAUAAUGAUAAACACACCGCACACACACCAACACACACCAAUACAUUCAUGUCAGGCUAGCAUAGCAGAUCAUUCUAACAGUGUGCUGUCCUGUUGCUACAUUAUGAGGGUUGUUUUCAGACUCAGUCAAACUCACCUAGAAGUAUAACACAGUAAAUAUAAGCCUUAGGAUGUGUUCGUAAAUUCACUGGAGUGCCAGAGUGCGCUCUGGGCGUUCGUAAUUCAAAGCGUUGUCAGAUUGUCCGUUCGUAAAUUCAGAGUGUUUCGCUCUUGGAGCGUUCCCGAGCGCACGCUGGACGCUCUGGCCGAGGAGUAGGGUUUAUCCGAGCGUUCUGACCUCACAACGGCAGUCAAGCACCCAAGCUAACAGACUAACGUUGGCUAGCUUGCUAGCUACUUCCAGACACAAAUGAGAGAACACCUCACUCUGACCAUUUUACUCUCCCUAGCAGAGUUGGUUAGGUUGUUUACAUGUUAUCUAGCGUGUUGGUGACUCUAACUGUGAUGCUGGCAACAAUUUAAUUAAGCUUUUUGCCGAUGUUUACUGACACCGGCCCUAUUCAACGGGUGUUGAGCGCUAGUAAAGUCAUCAGUUAUUCUGCGCUCUGUUACACUCAGAUGAGAGUGCUUUGAAAUCGGAGUAGAUGGCCAGAGAAAAUGUACGAACGCACCCUUAAACAAAGCAAAGCCCAGUUGGCAAGAGACAAAAACUCCAGAUGUAUCACUUUAUUAGCAACAAAACAGAAAUAUACUGUACUGUAUCAUAGUUAUUCAAACAGACUAAAAUAAUAUCAAAUCACUCAUUUUAUCAAGUCAUCUACACUUCAUUCAUAUGUAUCAAUGAAAACUAGAAAAAGUCAAGUAGUAAACUAAACUCUAAGAUGCAGUCACUCCGAUGGCGUCACUGAUAUCCCCUGUGUGUGAUUCUGAACUCAUGAGUCACAUUUUGAAACAAAAGCCUGCUCGAUUCUCUGCCCUUUUGUUGACACCAGACAGGGUGCCAAGGUAACAUUAUUUUACCGUCCUGUUUCACUUACCUGCUAUUUACUAAGGAAUUAUUGGAUAACAUUGUGUAACAUUUUAUUCUUUCUUCAACACAAUUGGUAACUACCUGGUACUAAAUGUUACAUAGUGGUGCUUGUUUCACUGAAUCCCAAAGAACCCCAAAAGUCGUUUUAUUGUAAUUAUAAUGUAAUACCAUUUUACUGUGUCGAGUAAAGUAAAUAGGAGACUGUAACCAGAGUCAACAAGAGGAGAGAGGGGGGAGAGAGAGAGAGCAGAGAUUUUUGUUUUAGAAUGCAGCCGUAGCCUAGGGUUUCCACUAGAUAACAUAGCCACAAAGUCAAAAUAGGCUAUAUCGUAAAAUGUCAUUAAAAUAAAAAUGUGCUUUUUGGUCUUAAUUUAAGGUUAGGGUUAGGCAGAAGCUUUAGCAGUGUGGUUAAGUUUAGGGUCAGAUUUUAAGAAGAUAAAUUGUAGAAAUAGGAAGGGUUUAUGACUUUGUGCUUGUGUAAACUAGUGAUGACCAUAGCCUAGCCUGGUUCCAGAUCUGUAUAUGUGCUUUAGUCAACUCCUCUAACUAUUGUUGUCAUGCCAUAUGAUUUUCUAUGUGUCUCCAGAGAGCCCAUCUCUGCCACUGAUCCACUUAUAUCAGGUACUUUGACUAUUGGCAUGGCAACUAUGGUGAGAGAAGUUCGCUAGAGCACAUACUGAUCUGGGACCAGGCUAGUAAUAGGCUCUGUGUCGGCCCUAUAUGUGGUAGUGCAGUGUAAAUAGUGUAAAUACUCUGUUGAAGCUGAUCUGAGGUCAGCUCUGGGGCCUUGCCCUGCUCUCUGUGUCUCUCUGUCACUGACACAGGGAGAGGGAUACAUAUGACAAAGGGCAUUGACACCCAAGUGUUAUUAUACCUACGAGCUGUCUAAUGUAUACUAAUGUUUUGUAUAGUUUCCAGCAGCAGAGAGCAGAGAAAGGCCCUGCUACUCUGUCCUCUAGCAGGGAGAUAGGUAGGCUAGGCUAUGGUAAGUUAGAUAGGAGAGAUCUAUGCAUCUGUUCUGUGCUCUCUAUUUCUAUGUGCUGCAGUCUGAUCUGGUUGGUAAGGACUGAAAUGCAUCAGUAGUAUUGUAUCAGAGAGAAACGGAAGAUUGAUGAACAGGCUAUAAAAGACAGAAUGUCUACAGAUGAACAAAUAGAUAGACAGACAGAUGAAUGUACAGUACGGAUAGAUGGACAGAUGAAUGAAUAGAUGGAUAGAUUGAUGACCUGCUGAGAUAAUUUGUUUUUGCUACUUGAGUGCCAAAGCAACUGAAAACAAGCAGUCUGAAUGAACUUUGAGAAAUAUUGCUGAGACAUUGUUAUAGAAGUACUAAAUACUGAUGCUGAAAAUCUAUCUGACACGGUGCUUGAUAUGACCUAACCUAUUUUUGAGCUUAAAAGUUAGCCGUUAUAAAGAAAGAGCAAAGCAAAUAUGUAUAUUCAAUAAUACAGCAGUAACAGCAAUAAUAAGAGCAUUAUAUGUAAC